UUAGUAAUAGUCGCAAUACCAGAAUCCCUCAAACAUCGAUUAGACCUAAUUGGAUACCUUGUGGCCAAUCGAGUCUUUGCAAAUAGUCACAUGACUCAUUUGGACCAAUCAAAACCGUUGAUUUGUUACUUUAAACUAAGCGUUAACCUUCUUAGAUAUGACAACCGAACUUUUGUCUAAUGUCAAACAAACGUCAAAGGUUCAAUCAGGUGUAACAACUGAAGUUGCUAAAAUAAUGAUUUUUGUACUGCGAUGAUUGCAUUCACACCAAGUCCAAAGACCCUCCAAAUGUUUUGGCUAAUUCUGAUUCACCUAGUUUGUAUUUCUGUGGAUGGUACGACCAUUCCGCCGAAUGCAACAUUCGAGCUACAGGACCAAGAGGUGUUUCUAGGAAGCAAUGCUGUGUUGGAAUGGAAGUUGCCACCUUCGAUUAUAUCAAGCAUCGAAAUUAUCAAGUUCGGUUUGGUUUCUCGAAUCGGGGCUUACGGAGAGCGACUAGAGGCGAUUUUUGUCAAGAUUUUCCCAUCAGGAAAUGUUAUAUGGAACUAUAACCCAAACUCGAAAAUUGCAUCCUACAGAAACAGGACAACGGUGAUGAGAAAUGUUACCGCGGGACUAGUCAUUUCAAAUGUGCAACUCGCCGAUUCGUCAGAGUUUUAUUGCCUGGUUAAGUUCUCGGGUUCAAGAAAUACUAUGACAGAUUAUGUGUUUCUUCGGGUUGUUGAUCUCCAAAUCCUGAAAAGUACAUCCAGUAACGUGGUGUCCUCGUGGCAUAACAACAAAGUCCAACUGCUAUGUCACGUGAAGGUUGCACGGGACACAACGACAAAGUUUAUCUGGCGUAACCAAGCCAUUGGCAACUCCGUCAGCCAAUUCCCUCAACGUGAUGACCAAGUGACCAGUGUGCUUACUGUACACACGUACGAUGACGCGGACUUUGGACCGUAUGUCUGUGUUGCCAUGACGCCCAAUACCAACCAGACGCACGUGGUUCACAUCAAAAGAUUGCAUAAACCAUCAGCACCUGGGAACGUAACUCGACAGCGCCUGCUCCGACCCAGCGCCAACUGCUCCGUGCAGACAUCCGUCACGUGGAUGCCCCCCCUGGACAAUGGAGGUUCCCCAGUCACUCAGUAUGACGUACAGUUCAAGCCCUUUGGGGAGGGGUGGUGGGAGGCGGAGACUGCGGUGGUCAGUACACCGUACAUCCACAUGUGCAGGCCGCGCGACCAAGGGAGGAAUGGGCUCGAGAUGAGGGUGAUGGCAAGGAAUGUGGUUGGACAAGGAGAGCCUUCAGAGGUCUUCAUUGUCACGUUUUGGGGUGAGCCUACACCACCAAGAAACCUCGCCUAUCGACUGGUUCGAAACGAUGGCUAUCCCUAUAUCCGGGUCACGUGGGACUAUCCCUAUGACGACGGUGGCGUCAGCGUGAAUGGCUACAAGGUGGAGUACAAGGCUACCGGGGCAGCCUGGGCAAGAGCCAUACAGACAGGCACAUUUGCAAAAGAAGUGCGACUAGAGAAGAAAUCCAAUUUGAAGGAGUACGAGAUACGAGUGAUCGCGUACAAUGGAGUUGGUCCGAGUAAGCCUUCUGAAGUCCUCAAGGCGGCAUUUGCAGAGAAACCAUCCAGACCACUUAACGUGGGCAUUAGCGCAACCGCACUCAACACGAAUCACGGGCCCCAUAUACAAAUCCGCUGGGAUUCGCCGCUAGAUAACGGCGGCUCACCUAUCACAGAAUACAUGGUGGAAUACAAGGAGGAGGUUCAAACGAACUGGAGCCAAGGUCGCUACGUGGAAGUCGACCGCAACGAGUUCAUCCUGACAGGGAUUGAUAGAAAUAUGAAAUACGACAUUAGGGUGUCUGCUAGAAAUAGCAUGGGUUAUGGUCCUCCUUCUAAAGUGGUCAGCGUAAAAUACACUGAAGAGGUUUUCAGCGCACAGACCAGAUCAUGUGCUUCAUACUUCACGCUGAAUAUCGCGUGCAGACUGGCACUAGCUGGCGCAUGGGCAGUGUUGAUGUUGAAUACCAUGACGUUAUAAGAAAGACGUCCAGGUUCAGAGCCUCGCAGGAUCUAUGGAAUGUAGAGUCAAGCCAAUUCACAAGAAAAGUGUGCAUCUCCCAGGAGUAAUAGUUUACGGACACACACGCACGCACACACAUACACAAAAAAAAAAACACUUCAAAUCCUGUGUUCUAGCUAAAGAAAAUGUACCAAAGUUGGCAUAGGGCCUAAUUUUCUUUCAAAUAUUUAUGUUAGCACAGGCAGAAUGAUAGCCUCCUACGCGCCGCUCAUAGGGACUGCGCUUCCCUAGGCCCCACAGGGUGCGGCAUUCUAACAUGGGUUUUGAUUGGUUGUUCGCAAACAAUCUCUCGAGCGUGAGAGAUAAUGGCUAAUUCGUUUUUCCGCUCUGUCGAGCAGGCGCUCAUUGGGCCCAGGGAAGCGCAGUCUCUAAGAGCGGCGCGUUGGAGGCUAGCAGAAUGAUUACUGCUGUCAAGUAAUCGAUACAAUGCAGGGGGGUGCGCAGGGUGCGCGCACCCCACCCCCCCCCCUUUGCUGCCAAAGAAGUGGGUCAUUUCUAAUUAAGGAAUCUUCAAAUACUAUGCUUUUCCAUAUGAGACCUAUGACUGCGCACCCCCCCUCAGCCAAUCCUGGUCACGGAACGAGCUGGUCGACUGAAGAAUUGAUUCUGACAGUCUUUGAUCAUGCAUUAGGUACAAUAUCACUAACACCUACAAUGUUCUCAAAAUAUAUGCUAGCUACAAACAUUUACAAAGUGAAGGGUUAUACUGAUAUAAUUCUAUUUGUAUAUUACAUAAAUCUAUAAUGGUGAUUAAACAUGACAUAUUGAUCAAA